UCGCUCUGAAGCGGAUGGUGUUGAUUGAUGGAGGUCUUGGCUGUGAGCGUGUAUAUAUAGCACAGUGCAUUAUCGAAGCAUGAGUGCUGAGCCAGUUUUGCUGUGACGCCGUAGAUGAAUCUGCACUGUGUGGGGUCAAGCUUGUCAGACUUCGGCCCGCAGUAGCGAGGUCUGAGCCAAUUUACGACGAACAGCAACCUCGGCAUCGGUUGACAUGUCUACGCUGAAGAGCUCGCAGACUUCAGUAAAAGCCCUCCAGUUGCUUUCAGGGUAACCUAAGAACAGCUGUGACUUUUACACCUCGCCAAGGGACUCACACGUUCAACAUUGUCGAUAAUACUGUAUGGCGAGUUGAGUCGAAUGAACGAAAGAAUCGCAUCCUCUGUUAGUGUUAUCGGUCCUGGAAGGGUCGGGUUCUCUUAAGCAUUCGCUCUUGAUUCUCCCACUUCAUCAUCUGUAUUGCCUUUAUGGCGGCUAUCUAGUCUUUUCUUUCUAUACAUUCGACAUCUAAACAGCCUGGAUAGACAAAAGAUACAGGCCAGAACUGUAGGCACUGUGGGAUUUCACCUAAUAUCUUAGGAAAUCUCCGGGGCAGUGACUCCUUCACGACCUAGAAAUUCAACAGGUCGAUAUCUGAUUGUCGCAAUGGGUGAUGAUGUAUGAGACACCAUGUUACAACUCGCAAUUAUCAACAUAUCAGAUGAAUAGAUGUAUCGCCACAUUCGAGCCGCUAAUUCAGAUAAAAUCCUUAGCGGUAGAUACCGGACGAGUUUCCUUCUUACGCGCGCAUCCAGAAACAGUGAAGCUUCGGUGCCUUCCGCACAAUCCCACACAUCAAGAAUCGUCCUCAGCAGCGCGUUGGUGAGGAAGAGGAGUGGGAAAACUCAGAGAACUUUUGCAAGGGCGGCUCGCACGGACGCUUAGUCAGCCCGCUAAUCGCUAGGCGGGCGUUAGGUUCUUCCGCUCAACUUCAUCUUCCUCUUUUCGACCUGCCAUGGACACUCUCGACAAAACGGAGUGGGACGUCCUCAUAGUAGGUACAGGCCUACAGCAGUCUCUGCUCGCCUUAGCCUUGUCGCGCUCCGAUAAGAAAAUCCUUCACAUCGAUGAGAACGACUACUAUGGCGGCGCCGAGGCUGCAUUCAGCCUACAAGAGGCCGAGAACUGGGUAGCAAAGGUCAGAGCAGGUGAUUCUGCUGCUUUCUCGCUUGCUACUUUCCAGAGGCCGGCGCCUGCCUCGGCUACAGCGUCUUUGUCGCCGUCGAGAGCGUAUAGUUUGGCACUCAGUCCUCAAAUCAUAUAUGCUCGCUCCGCUCUGAUCAAAUACCUCAUCUCAUCGAGGGUGUAUCGGCAGUUAGAGUUUAUGGCCGUUGGUAGUUGGUGGGUAUACACUUCGGAAACGGAUCAUGACGCAUCUACAACAUCUUUCGGAGAGCCCACGCAAACCGGAAAGCUUCUCAAGGUGCCGAAUGGCCGCGAAGACGUCUUUCAAGACCACGAUCUUGAUUUCAAGGCCAAGCGUGCGCUGAUGAAAUUCCUUCGCUUCAUCGUCGAGUACGAAGAGCAGACUGAGACAUGGGAAGCCUAUCGAGCGAAGCCUUUCGCUGUGUUUCUGUCCGAGCAGUUCAAGAUUACGUCUCGCUUGCAGGCACCUUUCCUCGCGCUUUCGCUUUCGAGCUCAAGUCCGAGUUCCACGGCCACAGAAUACGCGCUUCCGCGAGUAGCAAGACAUUUGCGUUCUAUUGGGGCGCUCGGCGCUGGAUUUGGCGCAAUCAUCCCCAAGUGGGGUGGUUUGUCGGAAGUCAGCCAGGUUGGAUGUCGCGCUUCUGCCGUUGGCGGUGCUGUGUAUGUUCUCGGCAAAAGCCUUGGAGAUAAUGCAAGCACGUCAUCUGAGUCCACUGGGAACAGUGAUUCAAUCAGCAUCCGCUUAAAGGAUGGCGAAGUGGUCACCACUCGCUGGGUGGUCGGCGAAAGCUCGAAAGAGCAAGGUGAUGAGCUUCUUUGCAGGUCAAUUGCUGUUGCAUCCUCUCCGCUCGCCUCACUAUUCCCACCUAUCGCCGAUGAGGCUCCGCCUCCCGCAACAGCUGUUGUUUUCUUCCCAUCUGGCUCGCUGUCUAUGGCUCAGCCAGAAGACAGCGUCGAAGAAUUGCCUCCUGUUUACAUACAUGUCCACUCCAGUGACACUGGGGAAUGCCCUCGCGGUCAGAGUGUACUCUACGGAUCUACUGCAUUGUCUGGUGAACCGGGCCUGCAACUUCUGCGCCUCGCAACAGACACGCUCUUGUCGAGUGUAACUGACACAGAUGCAUCGUUGUUGUACUAUGUCCACUACCAACAAAAUGCGAGUUCAGACUCGUCGCUGUUGCCGAAGCUCGAUGACCAUGUCUUGAAUUUCGCUCCCCCGCCUCUUGACCAGGCUUUUGAGGACUCCAUCCUGGAUCGAGUCAAGAAUGUCUGGCAGCAGAUAUCGGAUGAUGAUCCCGAUUCUUUCUUGGUUUUUGCCGACAGGGAAGUAUAUGACGAUGAUGAGUAA